GCCUACAACAAACCCAAAAUUUGUACCUGCUCAAAGAAACAUCACUGUAUUUGACAAAACCAACAUGGAAACCCAAAUUCAAUGCAAAACCCACAUCAAAUAUUGAAAAAAUAUUGGAACUCGCAGUAAUUUGAAUUAAAUUAUCAAGAAUCUUGAUCCGGGGUGAAAGAUGGUGCUGUGGGAGAUCACAUUGGCAACUGCUUAUUUUUUAGGUCUUAAAAGAACUUACAAGAUUGCCCUCAAGAUGCAGCGGAGGCUUGUUUCUGCUAAACAUCCCAGGACCCGUCAGUUUGUUUACAGGAGAACACGUGCUGUAUUUGAUAUGGUGGUCAAAGUUCACAGGAAUAUCCAAGAAAGAGACAUAGAAGUUGGUCGGAAUGUAGGAAAUUGGAUCCUCCGGUGGCUGGACAAAAUGAAACCAUCAGCAGAGAUACGCGGAGGACAACCUCCCUCAACUGCCAAGUCCGAUACAAGUGUGAAAAAGCAGUUAACCAACUUACCGCACCAGAAAAUGCCUGGAGGCCACUCAACAUGUAGUGUGAAGAAUGGGGAUCGAGAAUCUGGAAGGCAACUAUUUAGCUCCACAAAAUCUACAUGGCGUAAACAAUUUCCUUCUAUUACAAUGACGAUGCCUGGAGUUCCCAGCCAGUACAGGCAUAUGUCCACAUGUGCUCCUCAAGUGUUCAAACCGAAUUAUGGAGGCUUUGGAUCUGAGGGGUUUAUCAGGAAGGACAUAAUGGAGUGGAUGGUGCGCAAUUAAGAUAUACAAAAUCUCUAUUUCCUUUCUUGAGUUAUGCUCUGUUGCAAAAUACUCGUUUUGACAAGGGAAUGUCAGUUACUAGUCAUCUGGAGUGCUCGACCAAGACAAGUGCUGUGUUUGCAAGAAAAUGUUGUCCUGUAAACAUUUCUCUGAAAUCUGUUUUUCUACAGUAGUAUAGACCAUAUUUAUGGUCAAGCUAUCAUAUAGAGACAUUUCAGCCUGUUUUGAUAUUAUCUGAUAGAUUUAUAAAAAAAAUUAGACCUUUUCUUUUA